AUAGUAUUGUUGUUUUUGUAAGGAUGCGUUCUUCUAAACUUUGUGAAAUCGUGCUACAAGCCACCUGCGCUUUUAUUUUGAUGUUCUGCAGUGCAGCGAAACUUCCCGAUGACAUCAAACCAUGUGUUGCAGGGGAUGAUAAAUGUAUUAUUGAGAAUAUAAACACUGUACUCGCCAAAAAAUAUGAGGGCGAUGAAAGUUUCGGUUUAUCUAAGCUGGAACCUUUCAAGAUGGAUGAUAUUAUAAUUAGUCAAGAGUCGACGAGUCCUUUAGCAAUUCAUCUCGCGCUGCGUAACCCCCUCGGGUAUGGCGUCAAGGACUUGAGAGCAAGAAAAGUGAAGGGUUUCGGCAAAAAUCCAGAUGGCCGUCACGAAAUCAUAAUAGCGGCACCUGCGCUAACGCUGUUAUCCGAUUACAAAAUUGAUGGUAAAGUACUGAUACUGCCCAUACAAGGCGAGGGCAAAAGCAAUAUCACAUUAGUGCAACCUGUGAUACGAAUCCGCAUAGACGCAACCUCACGCAAUGAGAAUGGCAACACAUUUAUGGAUAUUAAGGAAUUUCGCAUUGAAUGCAAAGUGAAACGCAUGAUAAUGCAGUUCGAUAACCUUUUUAACGGUGACAAAGCCCUGGGUGACAACAUCAAUAGUUUUUUGAACGAAAACUGGCAGGAGAUUUAUGCUGAGCUGAAAGUACCCUUUUAUGACGCGAUCGCCAAUGCAAUGAACGCGGCCGCAAAGCAAGUCUUCAAAACGAUUCCUUAUAAUGAAAUAUUUCAAAUAUUAAGAAAAAUGUAUAUCCGAAUUGCAUUUACUGCAGCGCUUGUUUGCUCCUUUUUACAAUUUAAUAAUGCGGAUUUUCCCAAUGAUCCGAAGCCAUGUAAAUUCGGAGACGAAGAUUGUUUACUGAAGGCGAUCAACUUUUAUUUGCGUGAAAAAAAUCAAGGAGAUACUUCGAUAAAUCUGCGACAAAUCGAUCCUAUUGAUGCCGGCACAUUCACACUGAAGCAAGGUGCUGACAAUCCCGUAAAUAUUGACUUAACCUUUAGCAAUAAUAAAAUUUAUGGUGUCGCCAAUGCCACAGCGUACAAAGCUAGAGGCUUCGGCAAGGAUCUCACGAAAAAACACGAGCUACGCUUCAAAGUGCCAGUGGCCAGCUUGAUCGGCGAUUAUAAAAUACAAGGCCGCAUUCUGAUAUUGCCCAUUAGCGGUUCCGGCAAAAACAAUAUCACUAUGAUUGAUGCAGAAUUCAUACUACAAUGGGUGGGCGCGCCCGUUGAGAAGGAUGGCGAAACUUAUAUGAAAACCGACAAAUUCAGAGCCAUUGUUAAGCCCAGUAGGGUGUUCUUCGAAUUACAAAAUCUCUUCAAUGGCGACAAAGCUUUGGGUGAUAAUAUGAAUUUGUUUUUAAAUGAAAACUGGAAGGAAAUUUAUCAGGAAGUUGAUAUAACCUUUUCCAAGGAACUAUCUAAGUUGAUGUCAAGUAUUAUCGAUUCUGUUUUUGAUAAAACACCAUAUAAUAAAUUAUUCGUAGAGUAAAUUGAAUUUUAAUAAAAUCAUUAUAUUGUAAAUUA